GCAAGGUCAAAACAGGGGCUCUAUGUGUCUCAAAGGAAAUAUAUCCUCAAUCUACUAAAGGAAGCAGGUAUGCUUGGGUGCAGACCUGUAGAUACGCCAAUUGUAGUGAAGAAGGUAAAAAAGAAGUCCAAGGAGGAAAAAGAAAGUGAAGAAUCAAAUGAGGAACUUGAGGAAGAAUUAGAAGAGAAUGAAGAGGAGGAUGAACCUGCAGACAAGGAGAGAUAUCAAAGGUUGGUGGGAAAAUUGAUCUAUCUUUCCCAUACUAGACCGGAUAUAGCUUUUGCUGUGAGUGUUGCUAGCCAGUACAUGUGUGAUCCAAGGAAGAGCCACAUGGAUGCUGCAUACAGAAUUCUAAGAUUGGGGAGGAACCUAUAAGGACAAAAGAUCAACUUCAGGUUAUUGCUCAUUUGUGUGGGGAAAUCUUGUUACCUGGAAAAGCCAGAAGCAAAGGGUAGUUUCUAAAAGCAGUGCUGAGUCUGAACUAAGAUCUCUCUCCCAAGGCAUCUCAGAAGGAUUGUGGAUAAGACGCGUAAUGGAGGAGAUACAUGUCAAGGUUGAUCCACCAUCAAAACUUUAUUGUGACAACAAGGCCGCAAUAAGUAUGGCUUUAAAUCCUGUUCAGCAUGAAAGUUCCAAGCACGUGGAGAUAGACAGGCAUUUCA